GCUAUGCUAGUAUUGGCAGUAUUGCUAUCACUGCCAGUUCUAUUCUAUAAUUUAGAGUCUAGACAUCUAAACUAGAUCUAGAUCUAGAGUCUAUAUAUAGGUCUAGAGAUCUAUCAUAGUAGUCUAGAUUCUAGAUCUAUCGAGAGUCCUAGUAGUAGAAUCUAGUACAGUCUAGGCACAAUUCAAUGUUAUGCUUCAAACAUGGGAGAAGACGGAACUGAUCGAUAUGAAAAAAUAGAUUUUUUGGGAGAAGGACAGUUUGCUACUGUAUAUAAAGCCAAAGAUAAGAAAACAAAUAAGAUUGUGGCUGUAAAAAAGAUCAAGCUGGGAUCCAGAACAGAAGCUGCUGAUGGCAUCAACAGAACAGCUUUGCGGGAGAUUAAACUUUUACAAGAACUGUCUCAUAAACAUAUCAUUGGGUUGCUGGAUGUUUUUGGUCACAAAUCAAAUGUAAGUCUGGUCUUUGACUUUAUGGAAACAGAUUUAGAGGUUGUAAUCAGGGAUUCAAGUCUGAUCAUGACUGCUCCACAUAUAAAAUCCUAUGUUCUACAAACACUUCUAGGCUUAGAAUAUUUACAUGCUCAUUGGGUUCUUCACAGAGAUAUGAAACCAAAUAACUUGUUGAUUAAUGAAGGAGGUGUACUUAAGAUUGGUGACUUUGGUUUAGCCAGGUUUUUUGGUUCUCCAUCCAGACCUUACUCUCAUCAAGUUGUGACAAGGUGGUACAGAUGUCCAGAGUUGUUGUUUGGAGCUAGAGCCUAUGGUGAAGGGGUUGACAUCUGGGCAGUUGGAUGUAUUAUAGCUGAGUUAUUAAUUAGAGCUCCUUUUUUGCCUGGUGAAUCAGAUCUGGACCAAAUAAAUCGUAUUUUUCAAGUUUUAGGAACACCUACAGAAGCAGAGUGGCCAGACAUGAAAUGUUUGCCUGACUUUAUUGUGUUUAAAGAAUUUCCUAGACAGUCGUUGAAGGACAUUUUCACUGCUGCUUCAGAUGACCUAUUGGAAGUAUUGAAUUCAAUGCUUUCAUUAAACCCAUCUAAGAGAUGCACAGCCACUCAGGCAUUACAGAUGUCUUAUUUCAGCAACAAACCAGCUCCUACACUCUCGCACCUCCUUCCAUUCCCUAAAUCCAAUAAAAUCAUUGAUAAAGAAAAAGAAGCUAAAAUGCCCUCUUUAAAAAGAAAACAAGAGAGUUCUGAUUCAGUUAGCUUGAAAAAAAGACUUGUUUUUUGAGGACAGCUAGCAACACUUUAUCUGACGGUCAAAUAAUGUCCACAAAUGGUGGUAAUACCAAAGACAAAGACUAAUCCCGAAAACAGAUUGCUACAUGGAUGGAAAUUUGUGAGCAACACAAUGAGAGAUCUGAUUAACUCUUAAACUGUAUUCAUAUGUAGAAAUAUAUGUUAAUAGUUUUAUGAUGGUAUGUUAGUUUAGUCUGGGCUACAUGUCUAUAAAUUGUCUGCAGUGGUAAAAAAAAAAGAGAACUUAUCACAAGAUUAAAUUUAUGACAGUAAUUUGAUGCAGUCAUUCAUAAAUAACAAAAUGCAAAUCUCUUAGAAAUGAACAAUAGUGUUGACAUCUUCGUAAUGUUGAUUUGUUUGUACAUAAGGUUUCUGUACAUUUCAUUCAUUACUUUUUCAUCACUUUAAAUACAUUUCUCUCAUUUCCUAUUUGAAAAAAAUUGGUUAGUGUUUGGUGAAUGUGAAGCAAACUAGUAAAUUGAGUACUAUGAACGUGUUUGGAUGUGCAUAAUUGACAUGAUGUUAUUAAAGAGAUUAGACUUGACUUUA